CAAAAGUGCGAAACGAAGAGGACGAUACAACUCUCAACAACGACCGCAACUUCACAAUCUGUCUUUCGAUAUCUCAAAGGACGGUAUAGACUGUGGUACAUAGAUAGCUUCGAAUUAGCUUUCACACUAUAUUCACUAAAGCUCGAAUUCCCAUUAUUUAACCCUGCACGCCACGACCUCCGUCGUCAAACGAAGCUUUUCGGUCGCAUUACCUCCGAUAACCGCUUCAGUUCUUCGACUAGCACGUAGGGGCUUCACGAUAGAGAAUCAAUCUAUUUGAAAAGCAAUUGUUGUUAUUGUUCCUAAGGAUUAAUCGAUAAGAGAGACCUUUCGCCAAGCCAUUUUCAUUGAGGUGGUUGGCGCGUAAUCGCCAGCACAUAAUUCCGACGUAUAGUCAUUCAAAAUUUGCGAUCGCAUGCUAUAAUUACUGAUGGCAGCGCAUCAUCCAUCACCCCCAGCGGGUAUGCAAUUGCACCAUCCUCCUCAUAAUGGCCCUGCUCCACCUGGGAUGGCUCAACAGCCGCCGAACUGGCAGCCUGCUGCACCAACACCAAUGCAGCAGCUCACUGCCAUGAAUGAGACAGUAUGGCUUCAAAUAGGUAAGAAUUACUUCUUUUAUCCUUGAUUUUAACCGCUAAUGUGUAUGACAGGAAGUCUGGCAGAGCUGCUAGGCAAUCUAGAUGAGGCUAUGGGCGCAUAUGAACAUGUACUUCGCACGAAUCCAAGAUCUAUACCGGCGAUGAAUGCCAUCAGUUCUAUCCUUCGCGCGCAAGAACAAUUUGCUAAAGCUGUUGAAUAUUUACAAAAUAUCCUCAAGUUUGAUCAGAACAAUGGAGAUGUGUGGGGUAGUUUAGGUACUGUGGCCUCUUUGGUUAUGCGCAAUGGAUGACCGAUCAAAUUUCUAACAUGCUUUAGGUCACUGCUUUUUAAUGAUGGAUGAUUUACAACAAGCAUACUCGGCUUAUCAACAAGCUCUGUAUCAUCUCCGGGAUCCUAAGGUUAGUGAAUUAGUGCGCCAUUUGCAUCUCACGUCUAACCAUUCACUCCAGGAGCCUAAACUUUGGUAUGGUAUUGGAAUACUAUAUGAUAGGUAUGGUUCUCUUGAACACGCCGAGGAGGCAUUUUCACAAGUGAUGAGAAUGCAGCCAGAUUUCGAAAAGGCAAAUGAGAUCUAUUUUCGCUUGGGUAUAAUUUAUAAACAACAGCAGAAAUACCAACAGAGUUUGGAAGUAAGUCAUCUGAUUAAAAGGUCAUGACAUGUGUUCUGAUUAUUUGCAGUGUUUCCGAUACAUUGUCGCUGUACCACCAACUCCAUUGACAGAAGAAGACAUUUGGUUUCAGAUUGGACAUGUUCAUGAGCAACAAAAAGAUGUAAGUUUGAAAGUCGGAAUGUGAUUGGAUGAUUUUGACAGAUUGGUUGUAGUACGACAGUGCCAAAGUUGCCUACAAGCGUGUUCUCGAUCGGGAUCCAAAACAUGCAAAGGUCCUUCAACAACUUGGAUGGCUGCAUCACCAACAGAGUACUAGCUUUCAAAGUCAAGAGCAGGCCAUUGAGUAUUUGGAACAAUCUGUCGGUUCUGGUAAGACUCGUCAAAUAUGAUCGGUCUCACAUUUCACACGCUAACACGUGGCAGAUCAAAGCGAUGCACAGAGUUGGUACCUCCUUGGUCGGUGCUACAUGUCACAACAGAAGUACCCCAAGGCAUACGAGGCCUAUCAGCAAGCUGUUUAUCGAGACGGACGGAAUCCGACUUUCUGGUGCUCGAUUGGCGUUUUGUACUACCAAAUUAACCAGUACCGAGAUGCGCUUGAUGCAUAUUCCCGCGCGAUACGCUUGAACCCGUACAUCUCCGAGGUCUGGUACGACUUGGGUACACUGGUAAGUUUGCUUCAUCUUCAGCCGGUCGUGUUUGAGACAUUGUUAAUCGUUUUAUAGUAUGAAUCAUGUAACAACCAGAUCAACGACGCUUUGGAUGCUUAUCAACGUGCUGCCGAACUUGAUCCUAACAAUGUUCACAUCAAAGCUCGUUUGCAAUUAUUGCGCAGUGGACAGACCAAUGGUAUGCCAGGUCAGGCAGCUGCUCCUUUACCACAAGAUGUGCAUCCGCAAGCUUAUCAAGUGUCCGGCGCUGUUGGACCUCCUGGGCCUCAGUGGGGAAACUCUGCCCCUCAAGCACAAGCUCAAGGGCCACCUGCGGUCAAUGGAUGGGGAAGCAGGCUUGCUGAAAUUAAUCCUCCUCCUCAGCCACCUAACCCUUAUGAACAACGCCCAGCUGAUCGUGGUCCAAUUCCACCUGCACCACGAGUACCAAGUCCCAGGCAAGAUCAACAAAUGAGGCCAUAUCCUGGUGCCGAUGCGCGUCAGGCACUCCCGCCACGUCCUCGCUCACCUCCACGAGCUCCCAUAGAUAUGAGAGAGCCUAGAGAUCCCAGAGAUCCAAGGGAUCCAAGAGACCCAAGAGACUUAAGAGAUCUUAGAGACCCAAGAGAUUCUAGAGACGCUAGAGACCCAAGAGAAUUCAAAUCAGAAUUCAAAGAUCCUCGCGCUGACCCUCGCACUGACCCUCGAGUCGCGGAACCUCAACCUCGUGACCCCAGAGAUCAAAGGGACCCAAGAGAUUCUAGAGAUCCCAGAGACGCUAGAGACCCAAGAGAGCAGAGAGAUCCAAGAGAGCAGAGAGAUCCGAGAGAUCCCCGUGAUCCCCGUGAUCCACGUGAUUCCCGUGAUCAAAGGGAUACUCGUGACCAUCACCCCCUAGGUCCUUAUCCGGGCCCUGGAGCGGGAGCGGGAUCAGGAGCACAGCCGCCUCCACCUUCUCAUCCACAACAACCGCAAGGACCUCCUUCCCAGCCACAAAGAGUUGCGAAUACAAACUACGCUCCUCCACCUCCAGGUCCUCCAUCCGUAAUACCACCAGCUCAAAAUGGAAUGAAUGGUGCUGGUCCUGGUCCUUUACCCCCUUUCGGCCGUGUUAAUAGUCCUCGACCAGAAGUUCGACCAAUAAUGAGUGCAACCAUGCCAUCUCCCAAGACCACUUAUCCCAACCAACCACCAUAUCCACACCAUACUGAUAUCCCUGAAAGAAGUGUAAUUGAAGGAGGUGCCUUACCACCGGUACCCGGCUUAACUGCGCCGGAGCCCGUUGCAUCCGCCGAUCGCGGUGAUAACAGGCCGCCUUCCGUAGGUCCAAAGCGACUGCGUGAGUGGGAAGACGAACCUUCAGUCAAAAAGCCUGCUUCAGAUGAAAAUCGUGCUCGACUAGAAGACAUGCAUCACCGAAGACCUUCUACUCCACCAAGGGAUCGGGAACAGUUCCAUCGUAGCUCCUCCGAAGCUCGUCGUGCUGAAGACCAAAGAAGAAUUGAAGAACAACGCCUUGCCGAAGAGCAAAGACAAGCAGAUACUCAAAGAAGAGUUGAAGACCAGCGCCGUGCAGCUGAACAACGUGCUGCUGAGCAACGUCGUGCGAACGAGAAUUAUCAUCCCUCAGAAGCUGCACAUCACCCACCAACCCAUGGUAUGCAAGGCCAUCCAGCAAUGCAACAAGAUUCACGUCCGCCACCUCCGCACACAUACGAAGUAGGCCCACCGCCUUCUCUGCCUCGGCAAGCUACUCCAAUCAAGGAAGCUCCGGUAGAUGAUCGUGAUCGCCAACAAGUACCAGUAUCGCAACAGCCGUCUCUAGCUCAACGAAUGGAACAGCCUCCACCUGCUCCAACACAGCCCGCACCAGUUAGCGAGCCUGAACGAGCAGCACGAAAGAUGGAUGUAGACGAGAAUUAUGAUGAUGAUGGAGAUGAAGAUAAAAAGGGAGGAAUCGUUUCAGCACAAGCUUCAGGACCUCCAUCUGCAAGUGGUGAUCCGAAAACUACUAGCCCACCAGGAGUUAAUGGACACUCUGCAAAUGGGUUACCUAAUGGACAGCCAAAGGUUGAGGCGACUAUUUAGAAUAAUUUUCAAACAUACUUACUGCCUUAAGGCUUCGCAAAUGUACUUGGUUUUGUUUUCUUGUUCUUUUAACUCACUUUGGGACGGAGGGAGGUAAGAGAUGGUGGUGAUAGGCGGAAAACUCAAAACUCCCUUUAGUUUCUUUUCUAUUCCUGUUUAUGAUUUGAUACUUGGGGAAACUUUGUUCUCCGGAGGCAAGAGAGAAUUUCAUCAUGGUUGGGCUGGCCUGGGCAUAUCAUGGGAGAGGAGGAUUUAUCUCUGAAAUUGUGGGAGGUGGGAAAGAGGGCUGGGUGGAAAGUGAUGUGAAUGGCUGUGUCGAUCAAAUGCAUGCAUGGUAUACUGGCAGUUUACUCGAAUUUCUUUUGUGUGUAAUGUUUGUAUGUAUGUACAGUGAUGGGGAUGAUGUGGAUUCAUACAUAGCAUGAUUGAUAUCAAUGGAAGUGAGAUGAGGGUUGAUUUGACGAUGAUGUUUUUAUGUGAUAUGU